AUGAAUCCAGUAACAAUUACAUUAUGGAAUGCAAAUGGUCUUGCAAAACAGACCAUACCUACGAUCCUUUCAUAUGCUCCACUUACUUCCCUUCUUUUUAUCACUGAAACGUGGCUUUUGUCCCCCCAUCGUUAUCCUACUUCUUGGCAGCAGUACCAUACCUAUGGUCAGUCUGUCCCCAAUGCUAGCCGUGGCUGCAUGGGUAUUUCUCUUCUUGUAAAUCCUUCUUUCCCUUACCCCAUUUCUAUUGUUCCUUCUUCUUCUCCUUAUGUUCUUUCUUGUAUUGUAUUUGAUUGUCUUAUUCAUUGCAUUUAUCUUCCCCCUUCUCUUUCUAAUGACGAUGCAAUUUCUAUUCUUUAUGACCUCCCCCUCUCUUCUUCUUCUAUUCCUUCUUCUAACACUAUUUUUUGUGGUGAUUUUAAUUCACGUAUGGGAUCCUUUCUUGGUGACCAUGCUAUCACUUCGCGAGGAACUUCUUUUCUUCAGUGGAUCCAGGCAACUGGUCUCACUUGUUGGAAUGAAUUACUUGCAUUUGGUAUUCCUACCUUUCUUUCUGGUGGCUCUGGUACCUCACGUUCCAGUGUCAUUGAUUUAUUUCUUUCUACAUCCCCCCUUCUCAAUCCUUCUAUGCAAAUUCGUUCUGAUCUUUCUUUAGGCUCUGAUCACAAAAUGGUCAACCUCACUUUCACUCCCUAUGUUUCACCUCCCCCUCCCCCUACUAAUCAUCCGCGCCUACUUUGGAAUCUUUCCAAGCUUGCUCAGCCUGACACUCUCAAGAUCUACAUUGAUACAGCUUCUGCGUCAUUGGACAAUCUGACAGAGCAGUUCAGUGCUUUCCUUUCUUCUUCUUCUCCUCCUCCUGUAGAUUCUCUGUGCUCUGCUUUUGCUCAAGCUAUCUAUGAUGCUCUGGACACUGCUGUUGGUCGUCGUACACCACGUACCAUGCAAAAGUACUGGUUCUGGCCAGUGGACCUUCAAGAAGCAAUGGAUCUGAGAGAACGCAGCUACCAACGCUGGCGUCAUUCUAGUGGUUUGCAGAAGGCUAUAUGCUGGAUGCGCCAUCAGGAUGCAUGUCAUGCUGUUAGGUUAUCAGUCCAGCGUCGUCGACGUGAAACAUGGAAAGAAUUCUGCAACAAAUUGGCAACACAAGACUUUGCAAAGACCACAGCAACAAUGAAACGUAUUAAAAGCCAUCGUCAAACCAGUCCUGUCUUUGUGGAUCCAGGUGGACCUCAAGUAGAUGCUAACAAAAUGGCUGAUCAUCUUCAACAGAUUUUCUCAGGUCAAUUUCUUCCUGCACGCCGCCCUCCAGACCAGACAGUGAUGAUUUCAUCACCAAUUGCAAUUGAUGAAUCAUGUCCUUUUACUCAUCUUUCUGUAGAGAGUGCAAUUCUCAAGCUUCCUACACGCAAGGCUCCUGGUGUUGACCAUCUUCGUGCUGAAAUGCUUCACCCAAUUGUUAAGCAAGUCUCUCCUGUUCUUUGUCUUUUGUUCCAGCUUUCAAAGGGGACUAUUGAUCCAUCUCUUCUCAUCUCUCGUAAUUGUGUCUCUGCUAUCAACAGCAUGCGUGCUCUUCAAUCACUUGGUGUCAAUCACACUGGGUUGUCACGUCUACUCUCAAUUCGUUUGUAUCGCCAGUUUAUUCGUCCACAAUUUGAGUAUGGCCUGGCAAUAUCCUGCUUCAACAUCAAACAAGUUGCUGUGCUUGAAAAGGCCCAGAACACAUGCUUACGCAUGAUUUUUGGAGGUCACUCCACAUCUUCUACAUCUGUUUUCCGUCACCUUGGGAAUCUUCCUAGCAUGAGGGAGAGGAUCUUGACUCUUGGUUUCAAGUUUGUAUAUCGUGCUUUCUGGUUGCCUGAUGAGGCUCUGUUUACUCUUCUUCGACCUGUUCUUACAAACCCAGCACACCAAUGGUUUAAGCUUUUAGCUAAUCCCAUUUGGUUGUCUCUCUCCAAUCGUCAGAAUGCUGAUUCUAAAGCUUGCAAGCAUGCCAUUCGUUCAUUUUUGAACCAGGGCCUCUCCUUGCAACGCUCUCAACAAAUACUUCUCUCUGCUUGCCGUCCUUCUCUUGGUGUUGACCCUAUUCUCUGGCUUCCCAUGACUAACUAUGAACGUAGUAGAUUCAUACCUAAUCCCAUUUGGUUGUCUCUCUCCAAUCGUCAGAAUGCUGAUUCUAAAGCUUGCAAGCAUGCCAUUCGUUCAUUUUUGAACCAGGGCCUCUUCUUGCAACGCUCUCAACAAAUACUUCUCUCUGCUUGCCGUCCUUCUCUUGGUGUUGACCGUAUUCUCUGGCUUCCCAUGACUAACUAUGAACGUAGUAGAUUCAUACGUUGGCGUAUGGGGUGGCUUCCUGGACGUCCUCAACCUUGUUCCUGUGGAUUGCAUACCACCAGCCGUCAUCAUGUCAUUGAGUGCACUGGAGCUGCAAUUCGUCUCCAUCUCUAUUCUACAGUACAACCCAAUCCAAUUGAUUAUGUACUCAAUAUGCUGCCUCUGAAGAAACCUAAAAACAACAAGAACAAUGCCUUCUGGAUCUUUACUUGGCCAAUUCUUUGUAGAAUAAUGUUGGACAUAGAACAGAUCUGUCUCCCUGGGGUUAAUCUUGCUGAUCAUGCUGCAACAGACAGAGGACAACUCUUCUUGAACUGGCUACCCAAAUGA